AUGCAUUACUCGACCGAAAAGUGCAAUUGUCAACAUUUCGUUCUCGACGUUUUCAAAACAUUGGGAAUUUCCCACCUGCCACCUGCCACUUCUUCUCUGAAACUCUAUUUGGAACGUUUAAAAAACGAAGGUUGUUGUAAAAUGGAGCUCUCAUUCUCAGAACCCUUAAGAAAAUUAUUUACUGGAAAUCAACAACAUCAUUAUACCAUUCAAAAAUCGGGCAAUCCUCAAUGCAUGACCAUCUCGUUUAAAACACAUCAAGAAUUGGAUCAAUUUUAUUGGACCAUUCAUGAAAAACUUCCUUCGUAUUUCCAAAGUGAGGAAGGACAAAGUGAUUUGGAAUUGUUACGAGCGUUCGAUCGAGCGUUUUGGUUACGAGUGGCAUCGAGUGAGAAACGACGUGACGAAUCGUGUCUACCUCUGAGAAGAAAAGAAAUCAUUCUUUAA